AUUUCUCAGCAUCUGCAUACAAUAAUGUCUGUCUUGCGCAUCUUGUGCAUGGUGGUAGAAAGAUUGGUGGAAAGAUUGGUGGGCGCGACGUGAACACUCUUUCCUAGACCUCUCAUUUGGUGAUGAUUGAGUUAAAAGCAAUGUGGUCAUCGAGCGGUGUCUGCUCUCAGGUUCAUUUGACAUUACUUCCUGUUUCUGUUGAAAUGAAAUAAAAAUACUUUGAAGAAGUAUUUUUUGCCUUCAAAACUAACCGACUAUAAUUGAAUCAAGCGAUACUGUGCCUUUAGAGAAGCAAUGUGCUGAUCCAAACUUAACACAAGAAAAAUGUAUCUGUCCGUCUGUGUCGUGUUUAUUCUGAUUGGAACUACACUUGGAAAGAAGAAUUACCUCAAUCCUGGAAUACAAACCAAAAUCACACAGAAAGGUUUAGAAUAUGGCAAACAAGUUGCCCUCAGUUUUGCUGAGCAGAAGAUUCAGGAGUUUCCCUUGCCAGAAAUAAGUGGGACAAUAUCCAAGUUUGGCUUAAAAUACCACAUCACUGGAAUGAGGGUUAGAAGUUUUGGCGUGCCUGUCUCUGAUGUCGGAUUGAUCCCCAACACUGGUUUCAAGUCUUCAGUGGAAAAAGCCUAUAUUGGCAUUAGUGGAAACUGGCAUACGAUAUUUGGACUAAUACACGAUGGAGGAACCUUUGAUCUGAAUAUUAAUGAUCUUUCAGCCGCAUUUAUUGUUGGUGUUUCACUGGACAGUUCUCGACCGAUGAUAACCUACAAUGACUGUGAUGCAACACUAGGAGAUCUUGACCUCAAAAUGUAUGGAGGGGGCAGUUGGUUUUACAAGAUGUUCCUUGAUAAAGUGAAAGAUCUGAUUCGACAAAUUAUUCCCAAGCAGUUAUGUUCUGAAUUUAGAGAUAGAGUUGGAAAGCUUGAAGAUGUCAUCCAGACUCUGAGAGUUUCAUGGCAAUUGGACAAGUAUGUAGAAUUUGAUUAUUCUUUGGUUGGAGAACCGGAGAUCACAACUGAUUUCAUUGAUUUCCCCAUAAAGGGAGAAUUAUAUGAUGUUCAACAUCACAUGGAGGCUCCGUUUACUGCGCAAUUGUUUAAUCUCUCAAACACCACAAAUCAAAUGUUAGUCGUUGGACUGUCUGAAUACUCUGUUAACACUGGAGGCUUUGCAUACUUUGUUGCUGGAGCAUUGCAAUUCAAUAUCACAAAUGACAUGAUUCCAAAAGAUAUACCAUUUCAGUUGAACACAUCCAGUUUGAAUUUUCUGUUACCUGAGGUUGCAAAGGAGUACCCCAACUUACUGAUGAAAGUUGUGAUGAGUGCUACAAAACAACCAAUUGUGAAGCUUGUCCCAGGAAAAUUCUCUUCUGAUGUAUUUACUGCAGCCGAAGUAUUUGUAAUCUUGCCGAACAAUUCCUUAGCAGAGCUAUUCCUUUUGGGUAUUACAGCCAGUGUGAGUGGGCAGGUGUACACUUCAUAUGGAAAACUGCAUGGAUCAGUAUCUCUCAGCAGUGUGGACUUGGUAUUGGAAGAGUCUAAAGUGGGAACCAUUCCAGUAAAGCCAAUGGAAACAGCUUUGAAAUUGGGGCUACAGAAGAUUGUGAUUCCGAAAAUAAAUGCAAAACUGAAGAAGGGACUCCCAAUACCAAAAAUAGACAAGAUAGCAUUGAUCAAUCCAAUCAUUGAAAUUGACCAGGGUUCAAUACUCUUCGCAACUGAUAUACAAUAUGGAAAUUGAAAGCUAAUUUACCGCCAUAUUACAUACCAAACUGCUAAAAUUGACUAAAUUAAUCCAGUUACCCAGAUAACACUUACUUAUUUCUUAAUCCUUCCUUUAAAUGGCAAUAUAAACCAACACAAUUUAAGACUGUAAAACUAAGCCUAAAGAUGUGUUGUCCGACAAAUGCUUAGAAGUUAAUCGUACCAACUUUCUACGUCAGUACAUGUGAAAAUGAACGGAUGCGGCAAGUAGCUGGUGUAUGAGAUUCAAUCUCAGAGUUAAAGACUGAAGAAUAAUGGUGUAGUGACAAAUGGGUUUGUUGCUCCUGAGUUAGGGAAAUAUUUCUCUGUUCAUAUAUGCAUAUGCUUUUGCUUCAUGUCAGUGUAAAAUCUAGCCUGCUUCUGAAUAUUAUUAUAACCAUCUACCUUGACAUUCAAUGGCAUUAUCAUCAUCAUGUUUGCCACUGUCAACAUCACUCAAUUGGAUCAUUCACAUUAGUAUCUUGCCUGCAAGUGCAGGUCAUCCUCUAGCGAACACCUCCUGGCAUCCCAAAGCCUGUUUGUCAGGAGUGAGCACCACGAGGGAAUACUCUUCACUUGCCUAGACGUCCAGGACAACAGAGCCUUCUUGAAUGGGAAUUCCAUCCGCCAUCUGUACAUGAUGGCUGCAGUACCCACCUUUUAACAAAAUAACAACAAAUAUAUUGCAGUUACUCACCUCAACUACUUUAUUAGCAUUUCCCAAAUCCAUGAUGUACAAAGUACAAAGGCAGCAGACACUUGCAAGAUCUCCUCCAAAUCACACACUAUCCUGAUUUAGAAAUAUGUUGCCAGUCCUUCAUCAUCACUGGGUCUAGAUUUUGGAUCUCCUUGUAGCACAUUUGGCAAAUCUACACCAAAAGGACAAACACAGUUUAAGGCAGCAGCGCAGAAUUACCUUCUGAAGGGAAUUUAGGAAUGGUGAAGAAAUGCCAGUGACUCUCGGAUCUGAAAAUAAAUGAAUAAAUAAAGUGGCAAAGUGAUGCAGCAAGCAGAAUUGCAGCAUCAAAUGACUUGCACGAGUCCUGAUCUCUGGUGCCGUCUGUUUGGAGAACAUAUGUUCUCCCUGUUUCCAUGUGGAUUUCCUCCAGAUGUUAGUUUCCUCCCAAUUCCCAGAGACAGGAAUGGGACAGCAUGGUGGCACAGUGGCAGAUUUGCUGCCUUACAAUGGCAGAGACCCAGGUUCAUUCCUGACUACGGGUGCUGUCUGUGCGGAGUUUGUACAUUCUCCCUGUGACCUGUAUGUGUUUUC